AAGGAUAUAUAGAAGUAGAUACCUUACAGUAGACUCUACGGAAAAUUAGAUUCUCUCUCUUUCCUGUGAACAAAUAAAAACAAGCUCUUGUGCCAAAGUUGCAGGGUCCCAAAAGACCAGUUGCUGUCAAGAGCUGAGACAGCGGGCCUCGCCCUCCUCAGCCGGCGCCAUUAUUCUAUACAGAUCCCCACAUGCCUCCCUCUGACUACUCCCUUUAUUUAACAGCAAGGAUUUUUUUUUUAUAGAAACAAGCCCCUUGCCCGAUAAACAAGCAAGAACUCACAUUGGACUGCGCGUAAAUAAAUACAGACAGAAGACAAAGCAAGCAACGUGAAUGCGAGCAGAUGGGCAAGGCAGCAAAAUGGCUGAGGCUCUUCUUGACUGGCAAGAAGGAGAAGGAGAAACAUGGGCUGGAUCCUGUCAUGCAGUCCGGCCCGUUAUCGACGCCUCCCGUGAAGGAGAAGAAGAGAUGGAGCUUCCGGAGGUCAUCGACGGGGACGGCGUUGGAGCAGAAGUCCGCGAGCGUGCGUGGGCAUGCACGGAGGUUGUCGGAUUCGGAUGUGGAUCAGAAGAGGCAAGCUGCGGCGAUUAAGAUCCAGUCGGUUUUCAGAGCUCAUCUGGCAAGGAAAGCUCUAUGUGCUUUGAAAGGCCUAGUGAAAUUGCAAGCUCUAAUAAGAGGUCACCUUGUGAGAAUGCAAGCAACUGCAACUCUCCGCAGAAUACGAGCAAUGGUGACAGCUCAAGCCAGAGUUCGAACGCAGAGGCUUCGGAUGCUGGAAGAAGCACACGCCAUGUCACACCAUCGGCAAAAUAAUCACUGGAGAUCACCGCAGGAAUCAAGAUCACGCCAGUCCUACGAAAUGGAAGAAAACAUUAGGAUAGUAGAGAUGGACAUCGGGGAACCAAGGAGCAGCGCAAAGAGCAGAAACAUCCAUAGGAAAGACCAAAGGCUACCCACUUCCUAUUCUGCAACCAAUACGCCAUACAAAAGAGACCCAAGCCGAGAACCCUCGCCUUCUCGCUCAAUCUUAACCGAUCAUAAAAGCCCACAAGCCGACAGCGGCCACUUUGCGGAAUACUUCAUCACUUCAGAAAUCAGCAGCCCUCCUUAUUUGUCGACCCCUUCAAUCCAAGACUGCCCUCUGUUCCCUAGUUACAUGGCAAACACCGAGUCCUCGAGGGCCAAGGCUCGGUCUCAUAGCGCACCGAAGCAAAGGAGGCCGUCGAUUGAAGGGAGAAGUAGCUCCAGAGGGGGUCGGAUGCAGAGAAAUUCUUGUUAUGUGAAGCUUGAUAGAUCGAGUAUUUCGCUGCAAGAGAGUGAAUGUGGGUCCACGAGCACUGUGAUGACGAGUACUCAGUAUGCGAGAUCGUUAAUGGCGUAUGAGCUCUUUAGUGAACUAAACUAUCCUUAGAAAAGUAUGCUUUUUAGAGAAUUUAACACCAGAAAAGUUACUAAGUACACAUUAUAUAAAGAUGUAGUGUGUGUUUAUAAAAGAAGAAUGUCUGCAGGAAUGUUGAACAGAAGUCCAUAUACUCGUGCUAUUCAGAAUUAUCGUGUCUGGGUUUCAAGAAUCUGGGAUUUAGAUUCUGCUCUGCCCAUUUCAGCUUAUUUUAAUUUUUUUAGAGAAAGGAAAUUGUAGAGCUUUAUUAUUC